GGAACGCCUUUAUACCAAAGAAGAAGAUGUGUGAAUUUGGAACAGCAACGUGCUCCAUACUCCAUUCCAAACACUUUAAAAAACAUGUUGUAUCUCAAUCUUGCAUUAGAUAUCGGUUACCCGGGGACAAUCACAGGUAAUGAAGAAAAACAAAUUCCUCGACUUGUAAAGCCAACUCCACAUCAUCUGCGGUGGUGAAACGUGGUGCUACUAAAAACAAGUGGGGGAUCGAGUCUAGCUAACGUUAAUUAUUUUUGUUUUUGAUAUAUGGUGUCAUCACACUAAUUAAGAUCUUGAAUACAUCGUGACCUCCGAGGUUGUUUUCAAAAGACUGUCAAGGCCUUGAAUAUUAAUUGUUCAGUUUCGGCUCCGGGGGUGCCCUGUUGAGACUUGGAAGUGAAUUUGUGAAGAAACCUGAUUGGCGAAAUGCCAAGGAGUAAAAAAGGGAAACGUAGUUCAAACAAGGGGGGGAGGAAUGGGGUGAAGGGUGGGUCUGGUGCCAGUGAUGAUGACCUGGCGUCUGAUGUGCUCAGUCACUACAGCAGUGCCAGCGAGAACGCCUCUGUGCUGGACGACAGCCCAGGAGCAGGUGAGCCACUGGAUGAACAGACUGCCCAGGAGGAGACCGAGGACAAGCUGAAACAAUGCAUAGACAACCUGAUGGACAAGAGUGCAAAGACACGCCUGGCAGCCCUGGAGUCUCUGAGAGGGGCCUUCUCAUCCAGGCUGCUCUGUGACUUCCUGACAGAGAGACUCCUCACCAUCAGCGACUGCCUGGAGAGGAGCCUGCGCAAGGGUGGUGGAGAGGAGCAGGCUGCAGCAGCCACAGUGUGUGCCCAGCUGUGUGUGCAGCUGGGCGGGGGGGACGAGAGCGAGGAGGGCUUCAAGAUCCUUCGACCCGUCCUCAGUGCCAUCAUGAUUGACGGCUGUGCCAGUGUGGCCGCCCGCCAGAGCUGUGCCAGUGCUCUGGGUAUGUGCUGCUAUGUUUCUGCUGCGGAAGAUGGAGAGGACUUGGUCAAAUCCAUGAGUCACCUGGAAAGUGUGUUCACCACGUCGUACCCCAACUUUGAGGGCACCCUGCCCACCCCCAAGGCCGGUACCCCUGGGCUCCACAGCGCCGCCCUGCACGCUUGGGCUCUACUCGUCACCCUCUGCCCCGCCUCCCGCCUCACUGUGCUGCUAGACAUACAUCUACUCAAGCUACAGGCCUGCCUGGAGAGCAGCGAUGUGAACUACAGAAUUGCUGUGGGGGAAACCAUCGCCCUGCUGGUUGAACUGGGAAGAGAUAUAGACAGGGAAUUUGAAGACAGCGACAUGCUGUGUGAGUGCCUGAAAGGUCUGGCCACUGACGGGAACAAACACCGUGCCAAGAACGACAGGAGGAAACAGCGCUCCAUAUUCAGAGAGGUGCUGCACUACAUAGAGAAUGAGGACUUCACAGAAGAGAAGAUCCGCUUUGGUGUGGAGGGCAUCUACAUUGACAGCUGGAUGCGCAGGAGGGUCUACGAUGCCUUCAAAGAGGUGCUGGAGUCUGGAGUGAGACACCACCUUCAGUUUAAUCCGUUGCUGAGGGAUAUCUUUGGCCUGGGACCCCCUCUGAUUCUGGACUCCUCCGUCAAAGCCAGCAAGAUCUCCCGUUUCGAGAAGCAUCUGUUCAACUCAGCGGCCUUCAAAGCCAGGACUAAACUAAGGAACAAAGUGAGGGACAAGAGAGCAGAUGUGAUGUGAGGAAUGAAAGAGAGGAUUGGAGGAGAGGAAUUGAUGGAACGUGCCUUGGCCCCAUAGGAUGGAGACCCUGAGGAGAAGAAUACUGGGGUAUAUUUAUUGAAGCGAAAUGUUUGUAACGUUGCAGAUAGAAAUGUAGUGAAUAGAGCUGACAUGAUUUCCUUUUCCAAAUGACAAACAAUCCUAUCUGUUCUACACAGUACAUUUCUAUAGGAAUGUUCUGUAACGAUACACCCUCUUGAAUAGGCCCCUUGCCCAAACUCAUCUCACAGGACACAAUGGCUGCUGCCAAACCAGGGACUUUGCAGACCAUGCAAACACGUGUGCGUGCAUGUUUUUUAUUAUUUGUAAUUUAACACUACAUAAUAAAAUCAUGACACCUACGGGACGCCUGAAAAUCAAACAGAAAGGUGGUUUAUUGUAUCCUUUUAUUAAUAUUUUCUGAAUAAUAUCUUAACCAUUUCUGGUCAUGUACAAUAUUUUAUUUUCUAAUUUAUUGAAAGUGGGAGAACAGUACAUUGAUUUUUAAAAGAAGUUCUGUUUACAGACUUCAGAUAUGGGAAGAGGACAAGGAAUGUAAGUUUGGGUGUUUUCAUGUAUAUUUUUAUGCUGAUUGGUUGUGCAUAUAAUCUAUACAUGUAAACUGAACAAAAAUAUAAAUGCAACAUGUCGUGUUGGUCCUGUGUUUCAUGAGCUGAAAUAAAAGAUCCUAGAAAGGGCUAAUUUCUCUAA